AAGAGGAGUACAAAGAGGUUAAUAUAGAAGAAGAUUUAAUAAUUAGUGAAGAAGAAAGUGAACAAAAUAAUGAAGAAAUAAUAACAAACCAAAAAAAUAAUAAAACUAAAAGAGAGCUUGAAAUCUG